AUGCAGUUGGACAAAGAUUCUGGCGAAGGACCUUCUAAUAGAUCCAAAAAGGAAAGGGAUGGUGAGCUCGCAAGGCAUUCUGGAAUGAUGCCUGUAAACUUGUUGUGGGACAAGUUGAGAAUCACAAGUGAACUUGCAUUACAAAUUGAUGAAGAGAUACCACCAGUGAGUAAGUUGAAACUUAGAUCAAGAAAUAUUAGUUGGUGGUUCCUUGAGAACUGGUCCACUGGUGUUGUAAAAAAGUUUCGGGAUAGGCUUACAGCUCGUAAAGAAUCUAUAUCAUGCAACCAAUUGGGUACUCUUCCAGUCAAUUUGUUGUUGGAAAGAUCCAAAAUCAUCAACACUGGGGCUUUAGAUAAUUUUGGAAAUUCGGUUAAUCCCAUAAAAGACACUUCCAACUGCUCUAAGCGGGGAAACUAUAAUUGA